ACUUCUGAAAACACGAAAGGCAAAGACACAUUUGCUUGUUAACAGGGUAAAUGUGUUUUACCUAAAGGACCACAUGUUUCGUUUCAAACAUUCGUGCGUCUCCUAGGUGUGCAAUAACAGUUAAUAGUUAACUUCAAAGAUAAAAUUGUUUCAACAAGGGCAAAAAUGUGUUCAUUGCUAACUGUUACGUUUUAUCAAAACACCUUUAUCGCAAACCAUGGAUAAGAAUCUUGCAACCCAUCAUUCUUAUUGAUUUUUCUUAUCUAUCUAAUUCUUCAGUUGGAAAAGAAUGGACCAGCACUUCUUUCUGUUUUCAGUAGGCUUGUUGUGGAUGUUGGUUACUAAUGUACCAGUUAAUUCAGAGAAAUCGUCAACGGAUAUGGUUUUGAACGACGCAAAAUCGGCUACAGAUACAUUUUCGACUACACCAGUUUACACUACAACAGUUUCGCCUACACCAUUUUCGACCAUCCCUGGAUUUAACAUUGAUUUCGAAGAUGGAACAAUAGCUGCAUGGACGGAGGCGUCACGGAGAAGUGUAAAAUGGAAAGUUGAGAACAAAGACUCACCGUGGGAGUUGGAUAAUGCUGCUCCUGCACCGGUAAAUGGUUCCAGCUAUCUCCGCGUCGAUCGUGGUAGCUCUUUAUCAUUCAGUGUAGCCAUUUUUCGAAGCCCAGUAUUUGAAGUCACACUUGGUGUGAGACGGAUCGACUUUACUUUCUCGUUCUGGAUACGCUCCAAAUGGCCACAAUUCACGAACCUUGAGAUUUACAUAGUCACAGAUGGAAAGGAAGAGCUGUUACGAACUUGGUACGAAUAUGCGGACAUUAACAAUCGAAACUGGCAAACUCGAACUUUUCCACUAUAUUGGACAACAAUCGGUCAGGAACUUCAAGUGGUGUUUUACGCUUAUUGCGGUUCAAACGUCGAAGAUGCUGUCGCCAUCGACAAUAUCUCAUUGACCAUUACAGGUGGAUCGACAUCGGCAGCAGUAACAGCUACAACACCUUUUCUACCAACGGAACCUCCAACAGAACCACCAACAGAACCAACAACGGAACCUCCUACGGAACCUCCAACAACGGAAACUACAACACCGGAAACUACAACUGAAAGCAAAACAACGAUUCGAGUUUGAUCGGCCAGAUCCUACAAUUAAUUAAUCUUUAAUUUGCUGUCUACUUAUUGGAUGCACAUAAAAAAUAUGGAUACCUGACGCAAUCACUACCCAACUUGAUUAUAGUUGGGCACAUUUCACUGGAAGAACACGUCUAUGCAACUGUUGAGGUGAGUGGAUCGCUGCACGCAAUUGUAACCUAUACAAAGAAAGUACAAUCAGUUUAGAAUGGCGAAAGAAAAGUAAGUAUUGAUUAUAUACAACAGAGUUUGAGAUUUGUAUCCUACCUGUGCUGCGAGCUUAUCGCGCAAUCAGUUACGUAACCACGUGUAGCUUUGAUCCACAUUUCAGUUGUUUCUGGGGUAGUAACAAUGGUUUAGCUAGAUGAAUGACCAGUGUUUUACACAGAUGUUUGCGUUAUAACUAUACGAAUCCUUCUCAAUCCACAAGAUAUCGCGGCACUAUUGUAGCGUUUUUUUCGGGUCCACCCUCAAACUUUACGACCUAAUCCCGACCAAGUGCUGCACAUGGAAUGUUUUCGAUAAGCCGAGUUAUCUACUCCUCUUCUUGAAGAACUUUUUUCUCGUACGCGCACUUCUGAAAACACAAAAGACAAAGACACAUUAGCUUGCUAACAGGGUAAAUGUGUUUUACCUAAAGGACCACAUAUUUCGUUUCAAACAUUCGUGCGUCUCCUAAGUGUGCAAUAACAGUUAAUAGUUAACUUCAAAGAUAAAAUUGUUUCAACAAGGGUAAAAAAGUGUUCAUUGCUAACUGUUACGUUUUAUCAAAACAUCUUUAUCGCAACCAAGGAUAGGAAACUUGCAACCCAUCAUUCUUAUUGCUUUUUAUUAUCUAUCUAAUUCUUCAGGUAACAGCCGAAAAAAGCCGCGUUUCAGUCGAUUCAACUUGAUAUAUCUUUCUUUCAACAUCUCUCUCGUUCUUUUCGAAUAUUUUGUUGGAAACAGUUGGAAAAGAAUGGAUCAGCACUUCUUUCUGUUUUCAGUAUGCUUGUUGUGGAUGUUGAUUACUAAUGUACCAGUUAAUUCAGAGAAAUCGUCAACGGAUAUAGUUUUGAACGACGCAAAAUCGGUUACAGAUACAUUUUCGACUACACCAGUUUACACUACAACGGUUGCGACUACAACAGUUGAGGCUACACCAUUUUCGACCCUCCCUGGAUUUAAUAUUGAUUUCGAAGAUGGAACAAUAGCCGCAUGGACGGAGGCUUCACGGAGAAGUGUAAAAUGGAAAGUUGAGAACAAAAACUCACCUUGGGAGUUAGAUAAUGCUGCUCCUGCACCGGCGAAUGGUUCCAGCUAUCUCCGCGUCGAUCGUGGUAGCUCUUUAUCAUUCGGGGUAGCCAUUUUUCGCAGCCCAGUAGUUAUAUCUCCACCUGAUGUAAGACUGAUCACCCUUUCCUUCUCGUUCUGGAUACGCUCCAAAUGGCCACAAUUCACGAACCUUGAGAUUUACACCGUCGUAGAUGGAAAGGAAGAGCUGUUUAAAGCUUUGUACCAAUAUGCGGACAUUAACAAUCGAAAGUGGCAAACUACAAGUAUUCCAAGAAAUAUAACAACAACCGGUCGUAACUUUGAACUUCAGGUGGUUUUUUACGCUUAUUGCGGUACAAAUGUCGAAGAUGCUGUCGCCAUCGACGAUAUCUCAUUGACCAUUACAGGUGGAUCGACAUUGACAACAGAAACAACUACAACACCUUUUCUAACAACGCAACCUCCAACGCAAACUCCAAGGCAAACUCCAACGCAACCUCCUGCGGAAUCUACAACAAUGGAACCUCCAACAAUGGAACCUCCAACAACGGAACCUCCAACAACGGAACCUCCAACAACGGAACCUCCAACAACGGAACCUCCAACAACAGAACCUCCAACAACGGAACCUCCAACAACAGAACCUCCAACAAUGGAAACUCCAACAAUGGAACCUCCAACAACGGAAUCUACAACGCCGGCAACUACAAUUGCAUCACCGUUUCUGCGUUUGAUCGGCCAGAUUCUACAAUUGAUUAAUCUUUAGUUUUCUGUUUACUUAUUGGAUGCAUAUUAAAAAUAUGGAUACGUGACAGAAUCACUACCCAACUUAAUUAUAGUUGGGCAAAUUUCACUGAAAGAACACGUCUGUGCAAUUGUUGAAGUGAGUGAGUCGCUGCAGACUAACGUAACCUAUAAAAAGAAAUUACAAUCAGUUAAGGGUGGCGAAACAUAAAUAAAAAAU